ACUGACCUUGAAUGUCAUAGCAAGAUUAGGUGAAUAUUCGAAAAUGAGCAAAAACUGCUAAAAUAGUUGCUUAUACAUAGCAAGCUUUUGAUUGGCACAUGCCACAAGAUAUCAUCACAUAGAAAUAGAUGGAUUAUUCUCAACUAUCUAAUAAAUCUGUUAAAUUAUCCGAACUACUGGAUUUGGCACUUGGAACACCAGAUCCAGGGUCGGUUAACUUCGGCAUUCUGUAUAUUAUACUAUCAUACAUAAUAAAGCAUCUUCGUCUGAGCGAUGUGGAGCCUGAUAUCGAUAGAUCUACACCUGGACCACAGUCUCAUAGUGACCUGAAGAUAUCAGUAUCUGACUUAACCCCAAAUUUGUUCCAUAGUAUCCAGAAAAGACUAUCAGAUGUUGAAGUGAAAUUGCAACUUUUGAAUUCAUUACCAAAUAAUCAAGAUAUUAUUGGUUCAAUUUUCAAUGACAGUGAGAAUAACAGCAACAAUACCAAUACUAUAAAUCGUAAUAUUAAUGAGGAUAAACGGGAUAAUUCAGGAAUCAGUUCAUUGAAUGAUUCAAUUAUUGAUCGGAAAGUUGCCAAUUUAUGGCAAUCUGUACAAACAAGUAAACGGUUAGAUGCUACAGAAGAAGGUCUUCAUCGUUUAAGUUCAUUAACCGAUGAUCUACUUGAACAAAUAAGAAAACUUUCAGAACAAAAUAAAACAUUGAAAGCAGCACUUGAUGAGGCGCUUAUCAAUUCUUCGUUAAAGGAUCAAUUGGCUGAAUUGACUCGUAAACUUGGGGAAAUUGAAAAACGUCAGAAUCAAGAAGCCAAUCUCUUACAGAAUGUAGUACAUAUGGAUGCUUUACGUGGUCUAGUCUUUUGGCAUACAUUAGGAAAAUCAAUCACUGGAAUUGAUUAUCUUACUGCAUAUUCACAAGUGAAUAAUAAAAUUCAUAAUGUCAAUGUUGAUUCAAGGAUAAUUGAUGAAUCGAAUCUACUUAUGAAGUGUUUACCAGAUGAAUUUCUUGAAUGUCCAGAUCCAGAUUUAUCGUCAACGCUAAGAAAACUUGGAAAUGUAGCUUCUGGAUUCGACUCUGUAGUCAAUCGAAUUGAACAACUUGAAAUCUCUGUACAACAUGAUGCAGAUCCAGGAAAGACACUUAUGAAAGAGAAAGCUGAUCGUAGUGAAUUAGAUGGUUUGGGUGUACCAUCAGAGUUAUAUGAGAAAAUUUAUAGUCUAGAAGCGAUUAUAUCAGAGUUAGCUAAAGAAAGAGAGAAGAUUUAUGUGGAUUGUGGAACAUCGCCUCAUAUGCCAUAUCCUUCUGAUAAUAAGAAAUUGUUGAAGAAACUACAGGACACCAUGUCAGUAUUACAAGAACAAAUUAAUCAAUUGAACAAUACCCUGUCAAAUGUACAGUCACAAUUUAAAAAAGUCUGUGAAACAGUCGAGGAUGUGAAACAGUACGCGGAUGAUUUGGAGACGCGUAAAGCAGAUGCAAGUUAUGUUGAUGUACAACUUGAUAAGAAAGCUAACUGUGAUGAUGUGAAAAACUUGAUUGAUCGAUCAGAAUUUCAGAGUACUAAUCAAACUUUACAAAAACUUAUUGAAGAUUUAUUCGCAAAGUUAACAGCGGCGGAAGAGGAAUACAAAGAAUUAUUAAGUAAUCUUCAAGAAGCAAUGGAUAAUAAACUGGAUCGUGAUGAAAUUGAACAAUUAAGAGAUUGGCUAGAGAAACGCUUUAAAACAUUGAAUAAACGUUUAAGUUCACUUACAACAGAUAAUUUACUACCAACUGGACCAAUAAUAGAUGAUGCUGCUGGUUUACGACGUAGUCUUAUGCAACAUUAUCAUUGUAUAUCAUGUGAUCGUCCAUUAGAAGUAGCUGUUAGUCAAGAGUAUUUAAGUACUUAUUCAACGGAUAAUAGAGGAUUUCCUAUGAAUAAAUCAAUAAGACCAUAUACAACAUACGACUUGGAGAGUUUACGACAUCAGAUUCAAACACAACCAAACAAAAGUUUCUAUGUAGAUCCACCUUACCGACGAUCAAAUGGUCAUUAUUAUGAUAUUUAUGGUACACCACGACAAUGUGGUGGAACACAUACAGCUGCAUCAUCAUCAAAACGAAAGUCACGUGCAACAACUUGUAAAAGCUCUUUUGUUGAAACUGAUGGCCAUACUACAAAGUCUUCCAUUCAUUAUUCUUGCAGAGAAAUACGUGACUUACAAGGUAUGGAUGGUCAUAUUUAUCGUGGUUCACCAAUUCAAGAAAGUCAACAUCUAAUAAAUAUUGAUUCACCAACAAUAAUAAAAGAUGAUGAGUAUACUGAUAAAGAUGUUGACAAAGGUGACAAAUUACCACCAGUUACAAAAACAACUCGUUAUGUCAACACAAUAACAAAUAAACCACAAUCUACCUAUAAGUAUAUUGGAUCAGAUAGACGGGAAAAAAGUCAAUCUCCACAACGCUUGAAACGUGUGAAUUCUGAAGAAUUUCAAAUGAGACAAUCAAGUCCAAUCAGAAUUGAACAUUUACCAAAAUUAAUUGUCGGUUCAACACAACUGCCUAAUCAACGUGUCAGAAAAAUUCAGCCUGUUCAACCAAGUUCAAAGUUGAUUAGUGAUCAUGUCGCUGUGAAGACAAAUGGUUAUGCUGUUAUUGUAGUACCUAAUACUGGGACAGUAGAGGAAGAGAUUUCGGAUGAUGUGAAAGUGAAUAUAUCAAAGAAUGGUUGGACGAUUGAAAAAUCGAAUAAUGAAUGUGAUAUAAAUUUAUCACCAACUUAUUUAAAUGAUGAAGAGAAUAGUAGAACAAAUCCAAGUCCAGCUAUAUAUGAAAAUGAUGAAGUUGAUACGAUUGACGGAGUUAUUACAUAAGUAUAAUUUAUAAACUAUAAGAAAAUUAUGUUAGUAGAAGGUCUAACUAAUUGGAUCAUAUGAAUGGAUUAGAAGGAAAACUUUUUGUGUGAGUCAUCCGUAUUCUCACCAUUCACUCAUGCACACACACACACUAAAAUAGAAAUAAUGAUCUUUCUUCCUUAAUCUUUCAUUAAUCACAACCUCCUUUUUAUUCUUUAACAUGUUUUGUUUAAAAACAUUGAUUUACUUACUAUUGAACAAAUAAUUCAAUAUUUCAUAUAUAAAUUUGGAUAUUUUCCAAUGUCAAGGUCACAUCACGUGAUGGUUAUCGAUUGUUUUUUCCUCUCUGUUCAGCUAGACAGUAUGAUAUAUUGAACAAUUACUGCGACAUAUAUGCAAAUGUCCUGUUUAAAUGAUACUUUCAAGGUCAAGGACGCUAGUAAACAAAAAACAAAAAGGAAUAUUGAAAAGGCUAUGCUUUUUAUUUAGCCUUCUCUAUUUUUUAAGAGGAUGAACAUUUAAAUAAGGUAUCUUUUAUAUUUAUUGUAGGUUUAUUUUUCAAUCAGUUAAAUAAGAGAUUGUUGUUUGUUCUACUUG